CCUGUCUAUCCUGAAAUAUCCAUUGCCCUGCACCUCCUCACAACUGUUCCCGCCAAGGUUCCACUGGACGCUCUUCGUCCAGGCCCCAAACAGCUUGGAUGGGUAUAAAUUCCACGCGAUGGAGAAAUAUUUCUGGGAGUACGAGAGGGUCAAAUUUACACUGGCCAAGUCACAGUCUGUGGCUACCGCAGUGGUUAUUGGCACCAUACCGUCUUCAAAGACGGCCGAUGAUCUUCACGUCAUACUUCAAGCCAUUCCUGUCCCUGUCAUACCUGAAAUUGAUAGGGAAAGGGAGCCGAAUUUUAAUUGUCGGGUUUGGAUCCGGGAGGCUGUCAGGCGAAUGAAUAUCAUGGGCUAUAUUCAAUGCCCUGAUGUCGAUGCUCUAGAGGCUGAAAUCAUUGGUUAUGGGAAGGAGGCAGCGGAAGCUGUUGAAGCAGAGACGUUUAUUAUCGCUAAGCUUCGUCCUGCAUCCAAGUCGCGAUGAAGAAUCCAACAUUAACUACUGUCAUGGGCUGGAAAUGCUUACAGUCUUUUUGUAUGAUUAUAUAUCGAGCCAUGUCGUCCACAAUGCCUUUAAUUCAGUCUUUUCGGUCUCUUCGUUCCAGAUCUUUCCCUUUCAUUCUACCUUAUCUCGAGCAGUCCGCCUUUUGAAGCAUGCGUCUAUACGUCGUCGUAUACUAGAUAUCGUGACCACUGAUAGUCGCAGCGGAUUUGUUGUUUUUUUCUGUAUCAGAAUAUAUCGUGGAAUUUCGUCAGUUG